AUGUCUCCGCUCUUUCUAAGGAGCAUAUCUUGCGUGGCGGCCCUCGAUUCCAGUUGUGCUCCUGGUGGCAACUUUGACCUGUCAAAAUGGAGGCUGCAGAUGCCUACAGGUAGCCAAGGAAGCCCAGAUACAAUCUCCAGCUCUGAGCUCCAGGGCUGCAGCGGCUUCAAGGACUCCGAGUACUUUUAUACCAACGAAGCCGACGGCGCUUUGGUAAUGAAGGUUCCCGGAGGCCCUGAUACUUCUGAUUGUGUCACGACACCGAACAGCAAACAUUGUCGCACCGAAUUUCGCGAGGAUGAUCCAGACUCGUGGAGUCCGUUGGGGUCAUACAACCGCCUCUUCGCUGACUUGGUUGUGACGGAGAACGAUGGCUCCGUCUGCAUUGGGCAAAUCCACAUUGACGACUCCAUCUCAUCAAAGCCUGUGGCCGAGCUCUAUUACAGUUCCAGUGGUGCCUUGACCAUGGGAGUGCAAACUUGCCGUACCUGCUCCCAGGAGCGUUUCGACAUCAGCAACGUACCCAAGGGCGAAAGGUUCACUUACGAGAUUCGGUAUGAGAGCAACGAGCUGUCCGUCAGCAUCAAUGGGGGGACCUUUAAAACUCUCGACACCUUUGAGUUGGAUGCACCCGACAGCUAUUUUAAGGCUGGCAACUACAACCAGGGCGACGGGCCAACUGAAGUGCAUUUCUUCGAGAUACGAGUGUCUCAC